GACCGUUUGUAGGUCGCACAUGGCGCAAGGUUUCUUUGUACUCACACUUGUGAUUUUAUUUUGAAGUAUUGUGCUUUCACAUAUUGAAUGUCCUAAUCAUACUUUUGUGUUGCCAUCAAUUAUUAUCAAUCACUUUCAUCACGAAAUGCAAGUACACCCAACAUGCUUACCGAGUUUUCGGCUCACACCUCACUCUACAUUCCUGUUCUAGACUCUUGAACACUGUCGUUCAUAUUCCCUCAGCAUACUACCAUAAUAAACGCAAACCUACUCAAGCCUGAAAUUUGCGCUGAAUGGUCGAUAGAAUUUGUGAUAUACCUUCUGACCUUGUAGACCUAACGGUCAUUAACAGAGGUCAGAAAAUAAUUAACGGUUUAAAAAACUUUAAAUUUCCUCCGGAAUAUGGAUUAUUUGCUGCUGUAUUUACGGGUUUUCGCUCGAUCCGUCUGGCAGCUGAAUGGAUAUCAUCUCAUCUAAAUGAUCCACUUUUCACCGAAGAUUUAGAAGUUGACUUUCAUGUACUUUUGAGCCUUGGAGAAAAGUUUGAAGCGGAUUUUUCGUCAUUUUUAUCAGCUGCACGAGCUGCUUUAGGAUGGGAUCAUAUAUCUGAUCAUCGAACGCAAAUUCCUUUGCUUCAUUUAAGAGUCAAACCCCGCGACGCACUUCACUUGGAAUCGAUUUUCAUGAAGUCAUUCGGUCUCUUGGCUCCUUCUUCAUUGACCAAUGCCGAACCCCUGGAGUUCCUUGUAGAUAUAGGAACCUCUGUUGUAUGCAAAUUCUCAGACUCCAAAGUAUAUGCCGUUCUUCUAAAGCUUUGUGAAACCUUCCUUGAAAAUCUGAAAAAAGCUGAAAUAAAUGUUUGUGUCAUAUCUAGUCCAAACGAAUGGAAUAAUCCAUUAAUAUUAGUCAAUAGUAUUAAUAGUAUUGAGAAAAAUUUAGUUUUGAUUCAACUCAAAGAAAUGUAUCUAUCAGAUCAUUAUACUAUCAAUGAAUUAAACCAACCAGUUAAUCAUCAAUUGAAAUUCUGUUUAUAUUCACAUGAUCCACGUUUAAAAGAUUCAAGUUGUGAGGUCUAUGAAAUGUUAACCGAUGUAGAAUUUCAUUCAUCUUCUCCGCCGAUCAAUUCACCUAUCACAAAUGAUAAUCAUAAAAAUGGUGAUAAAAAAUCGCCAACUUGUAAUGCCAAAUUGACAGAUAGUCCGAAUGUUAAUAAUAAUAAUAAUAAUCAGUCACAAUGUGAUUUGUAUUCGAAUCAAAUUCCUGCCUCUAUGUAUCAUUCUCCCGGUUAUCGAGGACGUCUUCUGGAACAUUAUGUUGGUGAUUACAUAUUACUGAUUGAUUCGAUUUCUCUUAAUGAACGAUUAGGUUGUCCAUUAGGCAUUAAUUUAUGCACUGGUGAAUCUGGUUUAUUUAAUAUAUCAGCUGGUAGACGUAUACCACAAUGUCAAACUUGGACGUUGCAUUGUUCUGUUCCAUUAAACUUAACGUCUUCAGUGAAUAUGAAUAACAAUCAUCAACAUCAUCAUCAUCAUCAUAAUGGCAAAACUUAUAAUGAAGAAUUAAAAAAGCGAAUCAGUCAAAAUUCUUGUUUAAUAGUAAAAAACACCACCUGCAACACCACCUGCAACACCAACAACAAUACAUCUUGUCCUACUAUCCGAUCACCAUGUCUUUCAACUUCUUCUACUGAUCAUUCCUUGAAUUUUUUCUCAUCAGCCUCAUCCUCUUCAUCCUCUUCAUCAACAUCAACAUCUUCAACAUCAACAUCAUCGUCGUUAUCUACUGAUCCAGAAAAAUCUAAAUCCAAUGUACCAAAGACUAUCGCCAAUAAUAAUAAUAAUAACAGUAAUAAUAAUACUAGUCAUACAGAUGAACACAUAUCAGAGAAUUCAUAUUAUUACGCGAAUGGUAAAACAACUACAAGUUGUCAAAAUGAACUCCACUUACUAUCACCAUUGAAUAAUACUAACGAUGAAUUCAAUGAACCACAUUCAAAAUCAAUGCAUACAAAUCAUUAUCGACGAUUAGGUAAAUAUACCACUACUCAUCAUCAUAACAGUAAUAAAUCAAGACAAAUGUAUGUUAUGCGACAUGCUGAACGUGUAGAUAUAAGUUUUGGUCAUGGAUGGAUUACUCAAUGUUUUGAUCAAAAAGGAGUUUAUCGUAGAUUCAAUUUAAAUCUUCCACCUUGGUUGCCUAGUCGAACAGAUUGUUUCGAAUAUAUUUUAGAUUCACCAAUUACCCAGAUUGGUUUAUUUGUAUCAGCUGAAACUGGUCGUGCUUUGGCCGAUGCUGGUGUUUAUUUCACUGCAUGUUAUAGUUCUCCAGCGUUUCGUUGUGUUCAAACCGCUUGUGAAUUACUACGUGCUAUGGGUCGUUCUGAUUUACCAAUACGUAUUGAACCACAUUUAUUCGAAUGGUAUGGUUGGUAUGUUGGUGUUGGUGGUGGUGGUGGUGGUAGUGUAGGAGGAGGUGGCAAUGUUAAUUGUCUACCAAAAAUGAUGUCUGUACAACAAUUGAAAUUAGCUGGUUAUAAUGUCGAUGUAAAUUAUAAACCGCUUAGUGCAUUCAAUGAUCAUGAUAAAUAUGAAUCAAUUCAAGGUUAUUGUGAUCGUACUGCUGUUUUAAUUAAACGUUUAUUAAAUGUUCAUAAAUCAAAAGAUACUUGUUUAUUAAUUGUAGCACAUGCCUCUUCACUAGACGCUUGUACACGUCAUCUAGUUUGUCAUGGUUUUCGUCAUAGUUUAUCCAAUGAAGAAUUUCAACAUCGUACAUCCAUUGUACCUUAUUGUGGUUUGUUAUUAGCUCAAGAAAAUCGUCGUUGGAAUUUAAUCGAUCCACCAAUACCGAAUUCAUGCUCGUAUGCUAGAAAUUCUGAUUUCGAUUGGAAACAAUUAUUGGGACCGGCUUUAUGCAAUUUUAAAUUACGCUAAACGAUAGAUAUUCAUUAUCAAAAUUUGUGUUGUUGCAUUUAAUUCCGCUUUCACAAUGACAAAAUUUAUUUAUAUAUUGGUUCUUUCUGCUGACAUGUUGUGUUAUUUUGACUUAUUUCCAAAUGUUUCCACAUAUCUCUUGUGUUUCCUCAAUUCAACGAUGACAACAACUGUACAUCGUUGUUAAUUUUUUCGUCUCGUUUAACAAAUUUACUGUCGUAUUCAUUACUUCCUUGAUGUGUGUGUGUAUGUGCGUAUUAGUCCUUAUUCUCUCGCAGUUUGCAAUCCCAUCUCAAAAGACCUUCCAAGUAAUGAAUGAAAAAAGAUACCGUGUAUACAACAAUCAACAAUGUUAUGGUCAAUUCAUUUCAUACUGUCUAUUGUGUACUGCAUUUCAUCAUUGACAUCAUUCAUUCAUUUGCUGCUUAUAAAGUUUAUGAAUAUUUGCUUUCUAUUUUUUUUGUUGUUGACAAACCAUUGGUAACCAUUGAAAUACAUAUGCCAAUUCUUGUUACGCUACAUUCGGUUUUUCACCCAUUUUCAGUUUAUUCAAGAUUCAAUUUUUUGUUUUGUUUUAUUGUUCCCCUCUUCAUUAUCAGCGUUCAUAUAUAUACAUAUAUUGAUUUUGUAAUAGAGAAUUAUUUAUCUAUGUGUAUAUUUCAUGAGAAAAUUCGAAUUGUUUCAUAAGUUCAUUCAUUAUUGGCAAUAUCGCCUUCUUGUUGGUACUUUAUUUCUCAAUUGUUUCAUUUGGUUCUCUUUUUCAAUGCUUUUUCAUUUUAUCUGACAUGUAAGAUUAUUGUUAUCAAUAGAUACAUUUCUGUUUGUAUUCUCCUGCUCACAGCUUUCUUUAUUUGUAUUGUCCAAAGUUUGACAGUAUGUUUUGUUAUUGUUGUUACAGUGUUACUUUAUUUUAGCUAUCGAGCAUAGGAGAUCUGCAUUCUUGAACAAUAUUUGUUAAGAAUAUCUAAAUAUAUGCUUUAUUUUACCACUAUCAUUUGAUUGCUAGUUAUCAGAAGUCUGUUGUUAGAUAAACGAUAUGGAUGAAUUAAUC